AUGCAGUACACCAAGAGUGGUCCUGAUCCAACCAUUAAAGAUAGGAUAUACAACUUCAAUAAUACUGGUGGUCCUGAUCCAACCAUGAGCCAAUGGCUAUUGUCUAAGUUAAAGGAUAAAUGUGGACACACCGUUGGAAUUGCUCGUUGCUCACUCUUCAAAGAUAGAAUAUACAACUUCAAUAAAACUGGUGGUCCUGAUCCAAGCAUGAGCCCAUGUCUAUUGGCUGAAUUAAAGGAUAAAUGUCCUACAAUUUCAUUAAUAUUUGAUAACACUUAUUCUCUUGAUGUAAAGACUCCAUCUUUGGUAGAUAAUUCAUAUUUUCAAGAAAUUAAAAAGGGAAAUGGUCUUCAAAUUGAUCAACAAAUAGCAUUGGAUGAAUUGACAAAGAAUAUUGUGGAUGAUAUUGUUAAUGAUCCUGAUUUUUACACUAAGUUUGGUGAGGCCAUGGUGAAAUUGGGUAGAGUUGAAGUAUUAAUUGAUGGACAAAGAAAAGUGAGAAAAUCAUGUAGGGUUGUUAAUAAGAAGCCAUUCAUUUUUGGGGGGUUCAAUUAG